GCAGCCGACAGCCUUAAUUUGACAUCCGGAGUUCGACCCGCCACUACGCCCCACAGCGUGAUUAGGAGGAGGCUCAGCAAGUUUAUAUCCUAUCCCCUACGCACAGUGCGCCAUGGCGGACCCCUGUCGCAUCGUGGUGAUGGCCAGUGGGAAUGGCUCGAAUUUCCAGGCCCUCAUCGACGCCGUUUCCGCCGGCCGGAUUCCAAAUUCAAAGAUUAUCCACCUCUAUGUGAAUCGAGCAAAAGCAUAUGCGACGACGCGAGCGGAUCAGGCAGGCAUCCCCUGGGAGUACUUCAACCUGAUCUCCCACGGUUUCCAGGCCAAGGGGGAGAAAGACCCCUUGAAGAUACAGGAAUCAAGGGAUAGAUAUGACGCUGCCUUAGCAGAGAAGCUGUUGCAGAGUGAUAUCAAGCCAGACCUUGUGGUCCUGGCCGGUUGGAUGUACGUGUUUGGGAAGCACUUUCUCGAUCCCCUUGAUGCGGCGGGCAUCAAAAUUAUCAACCUUCACCCCGCGCUACCAGGGAAAUACGAUGGCGCUGGGGCGAUUGAGCGGGCUUUUAACGACUUCAAGGCGGGCAAGCUGGAAAACAACAGGACAGGCAUCAUGGUGCACUAUGUCAUCGACAAGGUCGACCGGGGUGAGCCGAUUCUGGUCAGAGAGAUCGAAUGCCGUGAGGGCGAGGAUCUGCAUCAGCUCGAGGAGAGAAUACAUUCUCACGAGCACGAGCUGAUCGUCGAGGCUACUGCACAGGUAGCGAGGCAGCUACUUGCCCGGAAGAGCGAAACGAAGUAGACGAGUUCAUGGAUAUCCCGGGGAGCUGGCCGUUCUAGGAAACCUCAAGGCUCCCGGUGGUAGUGUGUUGGCUGCGUGAGGAACUAGGGUUUUGUGUUGCCCCUCUGACAACGGGUAUCUCACGGCCCAAGUCCUCUUGCACAUUUGCACAUUCGCACAUCACUCUGGGGGAUGGUACUCUCUGCAGUGAAUCAUUUGAGUCUUUGGCUUUCGCGAAUGAAGUGGCGAUGGUUUGAGGGUUCGCUCCGUUAUUCACGGGUCUGUGCGCCCCACCGUCUGCCUGGCCUUAACGCACCUAGUGAUCUCAGCAGGCAGGCAGCGACGCGCUAGCACCCAAUCGACAGAGGCGCUUGCUCACGUUUAUUCUGAU